CGGCAAUAGGAGCAGGAACAGGAAUAUCCUCCUGAGUCAGUGCCACGACGCUGACACACCACGCUCCCCGGCAGAGCUGCCUCUGCUCCGAUAAUCAGCAUCCUAUGCUAUUCUGCUCAAGAUGGCGGUGCAGGCAGCGGAGAAAGACGGAGUAGUGUUGAAGAAUGUGGAAGAAGACCACCUUAACGACUCGCUGGGUAACCCCGGCCUCAUCUCACCUGACAAGGAGGAUUUAUCACGCCUCUUGACGGUGCCAUUCAGCGGGCGCAUCCGGGGCGGCAUGCGGCCGGGGAAGAAGAUAAUAGUGAUGGGCAUUGUCGACCUGGAGCCAGACAGCUUCGAUGUCAGCCUGACCUGCGGACGCGAUUCAGAGAAAGAGGAGCCUCCGUAUGAUGUGGCCCUGAAACUCACGGCUCGUUUCACUGACCGUCAGUUCCUUCGCAGUGCUCGAGUUUCUGGGAAAUGGACAGAGGAGGAGGCGUCCACUGCCUACUUUCCCUUCAUCCCUGAUCAGCCUUUUAGGAUUGAGAUCCACUGCGAGCACCAGAGGUUCCGGAUAUUUGUGGAUGGACACCAGCUCUUUGACUUUUAUCACAAAGUAAAAUCUUUGCCCUCUAUCGACACAGUACGAAUACAAGGAGACCUACAGAUCACCAAGCUCGGUUAAUUUACCCCUGACCAGUUCCCGCUCUGCAAGUCGUGUGUGCGUGUGUGUGUGUGUGUGAAGCAAGGACUUGAUCACAGAUGACUACACACAUAUGCGCCUGUUACAUCAUCAUCAUCAUCCACAGCCCAUCAUGAAGCACUGCAGCAGCAUAGCAACUGGAUCAAAGUUAGAGUUUUUCUGCUUCGUUACUACUUCUUUCUGUUGAACCAGGAUCUGAUGUGAUGGUCCUUCGUGGGUAAAUUGUGUGUUUGAUCCAUUUUCAGUUUUUUUUUUUUUUUUCCCCUCCCUCCUUGUAGCCCCAGUUUUAUCAGUUCAGGGAUCUCACAGCUUAUUUAUAGCACAUUCCACUUUUAUGCUGAAUCCUUUAGGGAUGCUGAGAUCAAGGCAGGUGUGGAGGGUUUUUUUUUUUUUUUUUUGGUAAAAUAGAAAAAUAACUCAGAUGUUAGAAACCAGUUACAAGAAAAAUAUCUGGCACUUAGAAGCUAAUGUGAAAGCAAACUGCUGCUCAUUGGUGGAAAACUUUUGUUUUAUUAUUAUUUAACUAAAACUGAAUUUGACUGGCUUUGUUUAAACUUACAAGAAUCUUUUAAAAUCUUUUGCAUGAGAAGAAAAUUCAUGCUGCUUAAGUGACCGUGACAAAUGUGGAGUAAAACUUGCAGUCGGGCCCGAGCGGUGUUCCCAACAUGAUAUUAUGUAAGAUGAAACUGGUUUCAAGUGAAAAUAUGACGGGAAUCUUUUUGUUGUGCUUCAGUUAAAUCGAGCUCAACCCGUCUGAAUGUGUAACUGUUUCUACAACUCAUCUGAUCACAGCAUAAUAGGCUGUUUUCUCUCUGCUGAUGUAUAUCCAACUCCGCUGGCACUCGUCUGCGCAGCCCUUGGGUUUAUUCCAGUUGUCAUGGUAACGUGCUGCAGCCUCACCGACCUAAAUACCCAAAAAUGAGGAUUAUAUUAUGACAAGAUGUAGCGUUCCAUGUUGUACACAGCAUGUGUGGACAGUUUGCACUCCUUCACUGCAGACACUCUCCCGUAGGUAGACUGUGCUGUGGAAGAAAGAGUUGUAGAGAAAUGGCUUUGAAAUUAGUUUAAAAUUGACCCUCGCCAUUUUUAUUUUGUGCAAACUUCAUCAGAGUUGAACACUAAUACAAUAUAGAAGUUGUACUCCUUUUUAUAAGAAGAAGAAAUUGUGCUGGCAAAGUGGUCUUGCAUUCAUCUGAGUUCAGCUGCAGUUAAACUAAACUCCAGAACCAUCACAUGGGAAAGCAGGGUCAGAUCCUGGGGGUACUUUGAAUGUAUAGCGUUGAUGUUUUUAUAGUAGCAUAGAAGAUAUAGUGAUGCACAGAUUUUAUUUCUCAGUGUCACAGUUUUUUGGUGGUAUGGCUGGUGCUGUUGUAGUUCAUUAUAGGUCUGGUGCGUCUCAUGGCUUUUUAAAAGAAAAUGUUUUCCCGAAUCAUUCCACGUCGGCAUCUUUCCCACACUGAUGCAGUUUCAUCCUUUCUUAGUGCUGCAGGCAGGUUUUCAGAAGUCUAACAACUAAUGUCAGGUCUUUUAUGCAUUGUUGUCUUUAUGACCGUUCCACUCUGCUGGAUUCAGUUUCCUUCACUGGGGCAGAACGCAAGUUAUAAUAAAUACACACAAAUAAUAGAGGGUAUCUCAAGUAUUAUAUAUAUUACAUCUUAAGGUGCUCUGUUUACACUCUUAUGAGGUUUUUCUCAUGCUCUAGAACUAUGUAAAAAUCACUGCAUCACUAAUUAAAAGGUACCAUUAUUAUUAAUUUUUUUUUUUAUGCAUUUAUAAGUUUUCUGGCACAGUUUCACCUACUUCUAAUGCAUGUAGGAGAAGGAAAAGUUUGAAGAGAACAAAACUCCUGCAAAAAGAAGGCAGCUUUGUGCUAGACAGAUGGCUUAGUAUGCCAGUAAAGUUGCUCUAUAAACUACAAGUGUUGCUAGAUUUUUGACCUUGUUAAAGGGUUUAUAAGAAAAAUAAUCUCCUAGCUUUAUAGAUCAGUUAUAAGACAUAAUAAAUGAUUGCCAAGUUGUGAAAAAUCCCUUUUGUGUAUCCUUAAUAUUGUAUUUAUUAAUGUUGAUAAUAUCAGUCCCACGGUUCAAAAUGUUAAUAAAUCAUUAAUAAAGGUUCCUGAUUUUUUUUUUUUUUUUUUUUUUUCCCAUUAUAAUGAUGCAUCAAAGCUGUAACUGUAAACCUUUUAUAAGCUGUUCAUAAAUAAUAAAUAGACUCUGGUGCAGAUGCCCUGCAGCUGUUUUCCCAGACAAAAAAGCAAGGCAAGUGUCAUUUUGCAUGAACAUCAGCCAAGGGGGUUUUUCACAACUCUGAAAUGGUUCCCAAAGCUGCUCAUAAAUGUGAUUUAUAAUACAUUAGGGGUGUAACAAUUCUGUAACUGAAACUAAAAUCACGAUUCGAAUGACGUACUGUGGUUCACACACUCAUGUGGAGCUGUUAAUAUCUAGUUAGAGCAUGCUAGUCUGCUGAAAUCUCUUGUUUUUAAAGCUCACUGAGGUACGGAAGGAUCUGGAACUGCAUCACAAUAAUGCAACUUGUAUUUGUUUUUCACCCACUCUAAAUAUGGACAGAAGCUGUGCCCCAAACACUGAGGUCUAAGAUGGUUUUGGAGAAUUGUUACACUGCUUAAAUUAUUCAAUAGGCAUCAAUAGAACAAAUUAUCACAACUUGUAAAUACUGAAAGUGUUACUGCUGGUUCUGUUUGACAGCAAAACCUAAACCAGGUUUCACAAACCUGUUUGAGCCCCUCUUGAGACGUUCACCUUUUUAGCAGCUUGACACAGCGAGGAAAUAAACAGUAGCUGUCUGCACAAAAUUGCCUAGAAAUAUUGACAUUUUCACCCUCACAUAUUCCAUGUUGAUUAUAAGCUAAUGAUGGCUUUCUGAUUGAUUUUUUUUGCUGCUGUGAAUUUGGAGUAAGCCAUGACUCAGUAACUGAUGCAUCCCAUCCCUUUCAUUAAUGAGACCUUCCUUUCUGAGCAAAGGCUGAGGAAACCUUGGUUUAAUAUCUUAUAACCUGUGUGGGGCAUUUGUCAAAAUCCAGAGGGGCUGCUUUAUGUAUUUAUUAGUUCCUUUCACAUAGCAAUAACACCGCUGCUCCUAGAGCUGACUGCUCAGAGCUGGUUUUUGCCUGGUUGGUCAGACAGCGUCUUCCUGAGUUCCUCGUUUUCCAAUUUAUUUUGAAUACGAACAAGUACAUAGUGGUACUGAGAAUUGCAUUUAAAAGGAUAAGAGCCUGUGAAUAAUUAUUUCAGUAUUACAAAGUGCAAAUGUAUACAAAUAACAUGCCACUGUACUGACAUACUUUGUGUUCUUUCCAAUAACUGGUGUCUAUUUGUAACACUGCAGUUUCCUGUAAUAAUGUUAAUAUAAACCAUGCAAGUAUGUUUCAGUGAUGUAAAAACAAGAUGUGUGUUGAAGGGUGAUGCAGGUUCAUGUUUUGGGUCUUCAGUUGAAUGUGCUGACAGCAGCAGGAGGUAUGGGGGAGGGAGAUGACCAAAAUAAGAUUUCCUCAUUUUAAAGAGUUCAUUCCAGGGAGCUCUUUGUGUGCGUGCGUGUGUGCGCACGUGCGUGCAGAGCCGAGCUGGGAGUGUGUUUGGCUCAACAUAGUGUACAAUUGAACUCUGCCAUUAGCAAAUUGUAUUGGGGACUACUGUUUUUCCCCAGCUGAGCGCAGUUUGUUUCCCUCUAGGGUUUCAGAUGUGGUGCGGGUGCAGGAUGAGCUUGUGGGAUACUUACCCAUUUUGUACUGCUGCACUUUAAAACACUUGCAAGACUAACAAUUAAAAAAAAAACAAAAAAACAUUAAAGCAUUUCUAGUACAUGCAUUUCCUUCUGGAAACAUGGUGUUAAAUAUAGCAGGUCCUAGUUUCUGAUCUCCUAAUGAUCCCACAUCUUUAAAAGAACAAACGUGGGAAAUCGUAUUGCUUGUAUAACUUAUUUUAAUUGCUCUGCAACCCUUUAAAUUUUUAAUUAAAAAAACUGAAUGUCACUCUCUUCCUGAUUGUAAUCAGAUGAUAGAUAAAUACCCAGGUGGUACUGCCCAUAGUCGCCUAAGUUAUUUAGGAUCUACCCUUUCAUGUCCAUUCAAUUGUGAAGUAAAUGUUUACACCUUCCUACCCUCAAAAUCCUGCGAGUCUGAUGGAAGAGAAGAAGUUUAUUUGACCCCAGUCUGUCUAUAUGUGUUAACCUGCUUUCAGACUUUGGAUGUACAUAUUGAUGAACAUGGCCUCAGGGGCUUUUUUUUUUUUUUUUUUUCCCUUCAAGCAAGCAUUUGUUGUGCAUGUAAGCUAGUACCUGGCAUUUUUGUAAACAGGACAAACUGAAGUAUCAAUUAUAUAUUGCCAGUUUUUGUUUCAGUCAAGCAUGCCGUUUUAUUUUAAUUUUUUUGCCAUCUAUCCAAUGUCUUUUCUUUUGGGCUGUUAUCUUUUGUAGCCAAGUAUGUUUAAAAAAAAUCUUGAGGGCUUACCUUGAUAAUAAAGGUGCGUGAAUGCUGCUGACAAAGCAAAAAUCUGGACUCGAGUAUCAAAUUUAAACUAUUUUACCCUUAAAUGUCAACAGGUUAAAGAGCGGCUUUCUAAAAGGUGCUAAAAUGGCUUCAUCAUGUCCUUUGAGUAGAAGUAGGCCAAUCUGUUGCUGAUGUGCUGUGUGGUUUUACAAUCAUAUUUUCAUUUAUAUUUAUUACACCGUAACCAGCAGCUCUGUGCGUGGUAAAGAUGACUGUAUAGCUAACCUUUUGCUGUUUAUAUGAAGGUGUAUUGAAAAGCUGAGUCUUUUAUAAUGAUGAAAGUGUUUUUCUUUGGCUCUGGGCUCUGAUGUGUACAAAUAUUACAAACUGUAAGAAAAGAGUAUUGGCUUAAACUGCACCCCCCUUUCCAAAUGCUUUCCUUUUAACUGCAAAACAUCAUUUUCCAGGGUGCACCGAGUCUGAGGAUCACUCGCGUGCCAGCUGUUGUAACUUUGAUCUCCUGAUGAUCUUUCAUCUUAUGAAGCAUCAUGUUGGCUGUUUGAUCUGCUGAAAACAGGAGCGCUUGUAAUUAUCACAUGAUGUCACAUUUCCGAAAUAAAUACAGUUGACUGCAAACUUUCUGAGAAUGUGCACAGGACCAGUGUUUAAAUGAGAACAAUACAUGCUACCACUCAAUCAACUCAAAUUUUUUUUUCCCUCCAUAUGCUUUUGUAAAAACAGCUCCUUUGCAAACCAAUAAACUUCUCAACUUGAACUUC